AUGUUUGUCUCCAUCCCAAAUCUCUUAAUGGAUUCACUCCCUCGUAAUGGAAUCUCCGCUGGUUUGGUACAGUUUCAGCCGUUUGGAACGAUGAAUGCAUAUGGUUUCCCAAAUCGUUCGUUGCUAUUAUUGCUGUGGUUUCCGUUAUUCAAAUGUGCAGACACUUUCAAUGGAGCUCAAAAAUGUUUCUUCCGUUGCAUUUCUGGUUGCCUGGUUACAGCUGAGAACGCAACCGAUAAAAGUUGCUGGAAGAAAUGCAAAGACUUAAAUCCAGCAAAAACGCUAGAAGCCGUUAGCGGAAUUCAUGUAAAGGAGGAGGACUUGAAAAUAAUUCUUGUCUUUCAACCAGUUCGCUAUGCCUAUAUGUAUAUAGCGCAAUACAAAGGAGCUAGCGAAGCCGACUUCAUAUCUGAUCGUUUCCAGAUUUCGCUACUUCCAAAUAUAGAAAUCAAUAGACCAAGGUCCAUAUUUUGCGAAUCAGUUACAAUACGUGUGGCAGCUGUUUCGUCUGACGGAACGAGUCCAUUCUCCAAACCAUUCUCAAUUAGCGCACCCCUUCCACCAAUCAGCCUUAAACUAGAAGUGUCAGAGUUGGUAUACGUGCCCAACCCUCUAAAUAAUGACCCAUACACUGCUAAUGGCACGGUGGAGAUCACCUUCACUUUCAAUGCUGGAGGGUGGGCUCUGGGGCUCCAAGAUUUGGAAGUGACGCCAAUGCUCCUGUUGGACCAAUGCGAAGGGAUGGAUGCGUACCAGAGCGUAAAUGUUCCUAGCUUUACGCAGGGCUUAAUGUCCGGUACAGUUAUAGGACGAGUGGGGUCUGACACAAUGUACCGUGAGUGUACUUUUGCAUAUUACGCGAAAAAGGUCACAAGUCGACUGUGCCGUACUUCAACGGAAAUUCGCCCUAUUCAUCACCAAGCUCCGAAAAAGAUACUUAUAAGUUGGUCUUUUUUGGAUACUUCUAUUCUAUUCAUAUAUUCGUUUUAUCAUUCACAUAGAAGCUUCCCAUGCUGCCUAAAAAAUGCUUAAGU